AAAAACACACCUCUUUAUUUACUGACCACACCCACAAGUGCAAAAUGGCGCUGGCCACCAAGUACGGGAGUAGUGAGAAGGAUAACUUCUCCCAGCAGCCGUUGUUUGGUGAAACGAGGAAAAGAGAUAAGAUUAUUAAUAUUGUGAUAGCUGGGGUUACGGCAGUUAUGGUUACUAUAACUGUUAUACUAUCUAUUGUCAGCGGAAGGAUCAAGAAGAACAAAUGUGGUUUAAUACACCAGAAGGAUACAUUCUGUGUCUAUCCAAUGGACAUUGUGUUUGCUGCUGUGAUACUAUUACUAUUAAUACCUCAAGUCCUAGUGGUGAUAUGGUAUAGAAGAGGUGAAUUGGAGCCUAAAUUUCGUUGGAUGAGCUACUUUAAUGCCAUCAUGACUGUCCUACUCUGUAUUGUGGCUAAUCUCUACUUCUUUCAAGUUGCUGUGUCUCCUUCUGUUUCAGAUCCUCAUUAUUGUUAUAAUGGAACCCAAUGUACAGUACCAUGUUAAUGGUUUUUGACUUUUAUAAAUAAUAAUAAUAACUGCUUGAUAAUGCAUGUACAUACACAUUACAGUGCUGUGCAUUUAUAAUAUACAAUAAUGUACGUUCCUUUUUAAUAAUGAUAAUUAUUAUUAAUCAUUGUUUAGUGUAUUUCUUACAAUAAGAAAUAUACUCUUAAUGU